AUGGGAAAUCUGGUUGUUCUGCAGAUCAACAAGUUGAAGUUGUGGACUAAAGCUGCCACCCAUGUUCAAGGUGCCAUUGAAUGCUACAUUUCUGACUUGAUGGAGACUUACAAGCUGGUGAGAGAUGGUAAGGUUGGGAACCAAUCUGAUGCUUCUGAAGAGUCGAAAGAAUUGUUACUAAGAUCUCUGCAAAAGAAAAUCAUGUAUCGGGAUCACAUGAAAAGAGCAAGUUAA